CCUCGCGAAGCUAGUGGCUUGGCGAGACGUCAGGGGGUCGAUUUGCCUCGAGAUCGCCGCCUCGCUCUUUCAAAACAGAAAAGAAGAAAAGCAAAAAGGAGACAAUGGCGCAAGGCUUAAGCCCCGCGGCGGUAGUGGUUCCGCGUGGCCUCGUGAAUCCAGUCUAUGUCUUCGGUGGUGAGAGUAGGAACGGCGACAAGCGCAAGACAUUUACUGCGCAGACCAGAUGCUUCGCGCACGCUGUCUUUCAGUGCUGGCAGACGUGUCAGCCUCUUGCCUUAUGGGUAAGGAUGGCCUAGCUCUGAAAUCUUUGCAGUAGUUUCCAUCUUGCUUGGGGGUUAGCCUUUUGGGGGCUCGUCGCUGUGGUCUGUGUCUUUUUUUCAGGGGUGGGCCUUUCUAAUUGCUGCGGAAACGUUGAGGAGCUGCCCGCGCUCUUGGCUGGCGGAUGUGUUGAGGACAAUGAGGCAGAGUGGCCUCGGUUUGGAGCCUUUGCAGCUCUUUCCUGCGG